CACACGUGUCAGUCUUUGUCUCUUGAUAGCACUCAGUUUUAUUAUCACACAACGACUAGUUAUGUUUUCCCUGCAUCUGGUAGAGAAAACAUUAGUUUUGGUAGUGUGCUGUUUUUAUUUCUUCAUUCUCUGUCAGUAGCUAAUCAUAGCUUAGAAUUGUAUUAGGCUGUUAGCAGUAUAUUGUAGAUAUGAGCAAUUAUAUAGGGCUACGGGUAAAACAUUCUGCAUUUUUGCGAAAAUGUUGCCUUUCAUGUUAACAUGUUUUUGUUGCAGUCUUUAUAGGAAACAUUGGCAACCUUUUGUGUACACAUGUUCUGAUAGGACCUCCCAUGAUAGGUUUGGGAAUGGGCACAAAGUCCACACAUACCUCACCACAUGAGGUGAUCAGGUGGCGUGUCUCCUCCAGGUCGGCAUGUGCAGAGCAUAAUGGAUCCAAAGCUGGGGCAAAAAUCAACUCUAUUGACAUCACACCAUGUGCAACUGAGCCAUGCCCGCUUGUGAAAGGACGCAACGUCUCUGUGAUUCUCGGCUUCACCACGAACAAGCAGAUAACGAAAGCCAGUGCUAUUGUGCACGCCAUCUUAGGCGGUGUCAGGGUCCCGUACCCUCUCCAGAACCCGGACGGAUGUAAGGAUUCAGGGCUGAAAUGUCCAUUAGCUGCCGGCGGAACUUACAACUACACAUCCUCCCUCCUAGUGUCAAAGACUUACCCGUCGAUCAAAUUGGUGGUUGAGUGGGAAAUAAAAGAUCAGGACGGAGAUGUCAUCUGGUGCUUCCAGGUCCCCGCUCAAGUUGGAGGCUAAGUUAAUAAGUUGGCACGUCACACUAUGGAAAGUCAUCCUUCUUUACCUAUCCCUCAGAAUGUACGAUAUGGGAAUAUAUAUAUGGGAGUAAAUUGGAACCUUUCAGAUGAUUCAAAUAGCUCGUUUCGCUAUCAUCUAUCUAAAGCGCAUCGUUCAUGACGGACUUAUCGGGGAAAUGUGUACUAUACCACUAAGUUGCUUUCGAUCACCUAUUAGUAACUCUUGCGUUCUUUUGUACUGAACGGUGAACAUGGCUUGGCCAUGGUGCUUCCCUCAAUAAAGUCUACGGUGUUAAAACUACGCAUAUGACCAAUAUUGUCAGUGAUUGAACUUUGCAUAUUGACUGUCCAGUGCCUGUCACCGUGUGCAUACAUUUUGUAUUGUUUUUACCUAUGAUAACUAAUCAACUAAUAGGUCAACCGAUUACUAAUCGUAAGGGGACAUUUAUAGAUGAUGCUGCCAGCUGGAAGAGUAGCUCACUGGUGACAAUAUUGUGGUAGCAGAAACGUAUUAAAAAUCAGAAAGCUGGUGAAUUAUCAAUCAAUUUUAGAUAUUCCAAUUGGAAACAGAGGCAAGGCAAAGUGAAGACGAAGUGAAUGAGUUAAUUUCCCCUGUUGUACAGGAGCCAAGGGAGUCUUUUUAAAACGCUUUGUCGCGGGGGUGGGAGCGCAACGCUGCUCUCCAACAAGAUCUCUUCAGUGCUACUUGCAAAAGAUAUUGGAUCAUAUUGGAGACUAUCUGAAACGUCUGGCCAUUUUCAAAAUCAUAUCCAGUUGUUCAAGUAAAUGCUUUUGGGCGUAAAUGGACAGCGUAAUUGCGACAUGAGACCUUUUAAGUUCCAUCACCCCCCAAAGCACUGGACUACCCCCUUGCGAAGUGGCAUCAUCCAAUACUCAGGAAGGUCAGGGGUCAGUUCUUAAGGCGGACAGGUACUGCAGGUUGGGUCGUCAGAACCAACUGUUACGGUUGUGUGUACGCCAAGUAUAAUGUGAGGUGUUUUCCGGAACAGCGGCCAAGGCGUUGUCUAGUCCUCCCAGUCCUGUAGUCUGUCGACAUUCAGCAGUCAACAUGGGCUGGCCAGACUUGAACUUGAGUAGUUCCACGCAGGUGACUUUAUGCGUAGCAACAGGUUGUGGGGUGGUUAUGGCAGGCCUUCUUACCUUAAGACAGCUGAAGAAGUGGAGGAUGAAGGGAAAGAAGACGGAACGCAGGAAGGAUGUCGUGUACCUGCAUGGCUUUCAACGUAUGAAGUUCACACCCAGCUUAAGUGGGCCCUGUCUGAAGGUGGAAACGUGGCUGAGAAUGGCUGGGGUCAAAUAUGAGUUUGUUGAUGCCUCAAAAAGUGGUCAGAGGUCCAAAUAUGGACAGCUGCCCUUUGUGGAGCUGAAUGGCACAGAGAUUGCAGACUCCAACAUCAUCAUCCAGCGGCUGGCCAGGCAGUUCAACGCAGAUUUGGACGCUGACCUUUCACCAGAGCAGCAGGCUGUGGCACUGACCAUCUCCCGUAUGGUGGAGGAGCACACCAAGUGGACCAUGUAUCAGUACUAUUUUGUGGACCGUCUGGACCUGUUCACUCAGCUAGUGGGGUUACCUGGGCCCAGGAUCAUCCACUGGCUUAUACGCAACAGGGUCUCAAAGAUGAUGCAGACCAAGUUGUACCACCAGGGUGUUGGCAGGCACAGUAAGACAGAAGUGUACCAGCUGGGAAAUGCUGACAUCAGGGCACUCUCUGCACUGCUGGGAGACAAACCAUUCCUCAUGGGGACCAAGCCUACCACAGUUGAUGCUUCAGUGUUUGGACAGCUGGCGCAGGUGGUUUAUACGCAGCUGCCGUCACCACACAGGCAGGUCAUUAUCAACUCCUGCGACAACCUGCUGGACUACUGCGACAGGAUCAAGGACCAGUUCUACCCAGACUGGGAACUGCUGUGUGCUGAAGGGCACUGAAGAUUAGUGUCAUGGAAAUGCCAACUACUGUUUGUGUGUUUACGGUGAAAAGCUUGAGACAACAAAUCCAUUAAAGGGAAUAUUGUUACAAUGCACAUGUAAUUACUCAUUGUUGAUGUUCAUCUAGACUAAAGGGAACUUCCAAUAUUAAAGCAUCACAACAUGCUGACCUCACCCCAUUAUAUAAAACUGAAUGAAAUCUAUAUGAUGUUAAGGACAGCAAGGAUACUGAUAUUACUGUGCUAGAACUGCCAAUGUGCUGGUAUGGGACUGAAGGAAAGUAGUGCUCUGUAACUCUUAAGAGGAACAGAAAAUUCAUUGAUGCUGCUUUGUACCUGUGCAGAUGAUGUCAGAGUGAAGGUUUGGUAGGUAAUUUCAGUUGGCUUUUCAGUUGACUUGAUGUUUGCAAAGUGGUAUUUUUUAAACAUAACAUUGUGCAGGCAGUGGCAUACUGGUACAGGAUGAUUGUACUUUUCAUUGAGCUUGCAAAUAAGACCUCUGCUGUAUCAUGUCUAAAAUUUGUGGUGUAAUAUAAUCAAAGUGUGCUGUUUAAGAGAAACUAAGAAUGUGGUCACAAAAAUGUAGAUAUUCUAGAUCUUGCUGUACUUUUUGAACAUUCCUAUGCAAAUGAAAACAUCUAAAUGGA